AUGGAUAAUCGUCUCCUCCUUCCCACCUCGUCCUCGUCAUUCAAUACAUUACUAUGGAAUCUCUUAUCAAUUGAUAAUACAACACGUAAUCAAGCUGAAAUUCAAUUUACAAUCCUGAAACAAACGGAAUCAAGUGAUGAACUGUUACUAAAUCUUGUUCAUCUUGUACAUUCGACGAGUCCAGACGAUGUCCGGGCGUUAGCUGCUGUCUUAUUACGUCGUGUAUUACUUCAUGAUACUAUUUCACUAUGGCCAAGAGCAUCAGAAGAAGCUCGUAGUAUUGUCAAGCACGAGUUGCUUGCAGUGCUCGAGGCUGGUGAAAACAAUCGUGGCAUUCGUCGGAAAGUAUGUGAUACUGUCGGUGAAUUAGCUAGCAGUAUCUUAGAAGAUGGACAAUGGGAUGAACUAGUUCCAAAGAUACUACAGUGGAAUCAUUCAUCAAUGAUUACGUUACGAGAGACUUCAUUGCGUCUUUUAGAGAUGAUUGCGAUUUUUCUAGCCAACCAAAUGACACUGGACAUUGAAACUACGGUAAAUAACAUGGCACUGGAUGUCAUUGUACUUCAAACAAUGACAAAAGGACUAAAGGAUAAGCAAGGACGUGUAGCUGUGAAUGCAUUACGUGCAUUGGGUAUGCUGUUAUUAAAUUUAGACACGCUGGACCAAGUACCUCGGCCAGAGUUACUGGUCGAUGUAGUACCUCUUGUGCUAGUUGCACUGCACUUGUUGCUGGUAACACGUCAAUUUGAAGAAGUGAUGGAAGCGCUGGAAGUCUUGAUUGAAGUAGUUGAACCACACGCUGCUUUCUUUAAACCGAGAUUGCGGGACUUUGUAGAGACGAUGGUACAGAUAGCAGAUGCUCCAAAAGAGGAGAGCGAUGAUAAUAAUGUAAUGCCUGAUGGAUGUAGGCAAUUGGCCAUGGAGUUUUUAGUUUCACUGGCAGAACAAGCUCCUGCAAGAUGUAGACGACUUGCCAAGAAUAUGUUUGUGCAGACAGUUUACCCAGUGGCGUUCAAGAUGAUGUUGGAACUGCAUGAUAUUGAUACCUGGGAUGUUGCAAAUUGCGAGGACGAACAGUCGGCUUGCGGCCAAGGCAUUGACCAAGAGAUUUCUAACUUUGAUGUGGGCUCUGAAGCGUUGGAGCGAUUAGUUGGUGCACUGGGUGCUAAACGCUCGCUUCCUAUAUGCUUUAUACUUAUUCAGGAGUAUGCUGCCCGCUCUGACAACUGGGUGAGCCGUCAUGCUGCCUUGGUUGGUCUUUGCCAGAUUCUAGACGCUCUCGACAAUGAUAAGCUGGACGCUAUCGUACGCUACCUACUAGCUCAGGCCAAUGAUCCGCACCCGCGUGUUUGUUGUACGGCUAUUGAUGUCAUCGGUCAACUAUCUGUCGACCAAGCUCCGCAAUUCCAAACGGCUUAUCACUGCGAGGCGCUCACUGUACUGGCACACUACCUCAAAGAUUUUGACAAACCACGUCUCCAGGCUCAUGCAGCCACAGCUUUGCGCAAGUUCAUUGAUAUGUGUCCGCCUGAGCUUCUCACGCCAUAUCUGGAUAAAAUGCUCCAUCAGCUCUUCGCUUUGCUGCAGCACGGUCAAGCGAUGGCUCCAGAUGCACACCAAACGCCUACACAAUCUUUUGUCACCAAGCGCGCUGUUCAAGAACAAGCUAUCACUGCUAUUUCGUCGGUGGCAACGGUAGCUGGGGCAUCUUUCGCCAAUCAUUAUGCUGCUGUCAUGCCUCCUCUACAGCAAAUUCUGAUGAACUGCCUCCAAGAAAGCAUGCAAGCUGCGACUACGUCACCGGCAGUGACGAAGCCACAGUCUAAUGCACCAAGCUCAUUUACUCUUGGUGGUAUCACGCUCGAAUGCCUGAGCCUUAUUGGCCAGGCUGUUGGCAAGGAUGUGUUCUCACGCGACGCUCCUGGCAUCCUUAAGGUUAUGGCAGAAGUGCAAGCGACGCCGUCUAUCGUUGGCAACGAGUUUAUUCGCACGUACUUGCUACAGGCCUGGGCUCGUUGCUGCACAUGUCUCGGCCAUAAUUUUGCGCCGUAUUUGCCGCUCGUGAUGCCUACUCUCCUUGAAGCUGCAACGCAACAGGCGGAAUUUGAAGUGGUCCCUUCUACGUUGUCCAGUGACGAUGAGGAUGAUGAAAGUGGAGGUUCCACAGAUAGUGAGGACAUCCAGCUUGCUCAAGUCAACGACAGAUGCCUGACCAUUCGAACGUCUAUUCUCGAGGAGAAAGCUACGGCCUGUCAGCUUUUAGCUGGCAUGGUAACAGAUUUGGAAGACGCGUUCUUUCCCUAUGCGGAGCAGGUGACACAGGUUCUUGCCCCAUUAUUGACUGAGUCGGUGCACUCUGACAUCCGCGCCUCAGCCAUUCGCGCCAUGCCGGCCCUCGUCAAAUGUGUCGCCAUUUCUACGGCGGCGUCUGGAUUGAAGAAUCACAAUGAGGCUGCUAUCAAGCAGAUGGUGGACUUUGUUCUUGGCCGUUUGGUAAAUGCACUAACCUCUGAGCCUGAUGUCGAUUUGGUCGUAAGCAUUAUGCAGAGCAUGACAAGCUGCCUCUGGAAUGCGCGUGAGCUGCACCCGACGUUGGAGCUCAACGAAGCCCAGUUGCGGGAACUAGUGCACGGCUUCCUAGUAGUUUUAGGCGACAGCUUCCAGCGUCGAGCGAUACGGAGAGGUAGAGACGGCCGUGACGACAUGGAAAGUGGUGAGACCGAAGAAGAUGACGAUGAUGAGGACUCUGAAUCAAGUGAGAGCCAAGUGGCCGAGCAGGAGCUUCAAUUUGUGUUAGCGGAAUGCAUCGGGACUCUUGCCAAGAUUCACGGCGCUGGAUUUUUCCCAGUCUUUAUGGCUCUCUUGUGGGAGAAGGUGGCAGCUCUUGCAGCCCCUGGAUGCCUCAUAGAGGAUCGUCGUCUUGCACUAUUUGUUGUGGAUGAUGUGCUAGAGCACUGUGGUGGUACCGCUAUGCGUUCUCUGGAUGUCUUUUUGCCCGUUCUAAUAAGAGCUUUGCGUGAAGUGAAUGAGCCUGGUCUGGUGCAAGCUGCGGCGUUUGGCGUCGGUAUGUGCGCUUCACAAGGCGGGGAGGCGUUCGCGCCGCAUGCUGAGCAAUGCCUCCAGCUGCUUCGUAACGUUGUGGCACACCCGCUGGCUCACAGUCCAGAACAGCGAAAUGCUACCGACAACGCGGUGGCUGCGCUGGGCAAAUUUUGUGAAUUCCAGUCCGGCGCUGUUGACGCCGCAGUGCUGUUUCCACAGUGGUUAGAGCUUCUUCCACUUCGCGGAGACUUGGAAGAGUCUCUCGCCGUUUCACGUCGUCUGUGCCGCUACGUGACAGAUCGGCAUCCUCUUGUGCUAGGUACACCCGGCUUUCGACAUCUCGGAAAGGUUGUGACGGUGCUUUCUGCAGUAGCUGACGAGAAAUUCUCGCGUGAGAUGAGCGAGGCUGUAGGUGAGAAGGAGGCUUCUGCUUUUCGUCAAGAACUCGCUUUAACAUUAGCUAGUCUCCGUGCAACGGUGCCUGAGUUGAUUAUGACUCAAGCAUGGUCUUCUCUCGCAGCCCCGCAGCAAGCAGCACUACACGCGCUUUUUGCAUGA